UUGUACCCGAUCAGGUGACACACUUCCCUGCAUUUGCCUGUCGAAGCUAACUGCACAUAUUGAGCGAGAACAAGGCUAAGCUAUGAAUAAACACGUCCAGUCAUGCAACUCCAUACCGGCCGGGAUAUCAAAUAGCUUCUACUUUUUGUAUCAAGCACAGGUAGUAAGUGUGUCAUCAAGGUGAAAAUGGCGUCCUUCUGUAAGCGUGCUGUGGGGUGUACAGUCGACACACAUACUCUCUGGGUUGACAAGUAGGAAGUAUCACAUCGUACUGACUCCAGAUCAAUUUUCUACACAGACUUUGAUGUAUUUGCGGACGAUAAAUGGAAGGCGAACACCUUCAGCAAUGCUGACACUUUUCAUUCUUCUGCUUAGAUUUGCAGUACUUCUUGUCCAUGGCGAGGAGUGUGCCCUGGGAUGGUAUGGAGGAGGAUGUGAACACAUCUGCCCCCAGCAAUGUGCCAGUCUUGUAGGCACGGACGACAUACACUGUGACAAGCUGAGUGGGAGCUGUUCCUCGGGGUGCCUGGCCGGCUGGUACGGAGAUCAGUGCAACUCCCAGUGCAGCACUCAUUGUGUCAACAGGACCUGCAACCAACAAGACGGACACUGUACCGUGGGCUGUCCACACAACAGGGAGGGACAUUUUUGUCAGACGCUGAAAGUGGAGGUGACAGCAGCUCCCUCAACAGGAACUUCCACGACGACGGAGUCCCCAUCAACAGAGCCGGCUGUGAUUGCUAUCCCCGUGUGCAUUGCCGUGGUUGUGAUAGUAGCCGUCAUCAUUACACUUUUUGUCAUUCUAAGGAAAAGACAUAGAAAUAGAAACCUCAAAGCCUGUCAUUCUCUGGAGGAAGGGAUGCAUUUGAUGAAAGGGAACACUAAUCUUCAUGAUGCGAGCCUUGCGGGAGAUGUCGACAUCAUCAAACAGAUAUUGUCUGACAACCGUGAAGAUAUCAACUGUACAAGGGAAGACGGGAGGACCCCUGUGAUGUGUGCAGCCUCCGAGGGACAUGGACACGUAGUGAACCUGCUGGUGGACAAAGGAGCUGAUCUGUCACCAGUGGAUGCCAAGGGGGAAAACAUCCUUCAUGUGGCCUGUCUGGGAGGAUAUGUGGAUGUUGUGAAAUAUCUCCUCUUACAGGACAACAUGGACAUCAAUAGUAGAGGAUGUUAUGGCAGAACGCCAAUAAUGAAAACAGCAGAGAAAGGACAUAGAGAAGUGUUUGACCUCCUUGUUAGUAACCGAGGUAAUUUGUCAUCAGUGGAUGAUAAGGGUAACAACGGCCUUCAUGUGGCCUGUAUUGGAGGACAUGUGGAGAUGGUGAAGCAUGUCCUCUCAUUAGGCAUUGUUGGCUUCAACAGUAGAGGACAGUACGGGAGGACACCGGCAAUGAUGGCUGCAUGCUGUCGACAUAAAGGUGUUGUUGAAUUUCUUAAGACUAAAGGAGCAGAUCUGUCGGUGGUGGACGAUGACAGUAACAACAUCCUUCACGUGGCAUGCAUUGGGGGACAUCCGGAACUAGUCAAGUUUGUCCUCUGCUUGAACACUUUGGACAUCAACAGUAAAGGACAGCAUCAACAGACACCCGUGAGAAUGGUUGACUUCAGGAAACACAGAACUGCAUUUGACUUACUUGUGAGUAAAGGAGCAGAUCUAUCACAGGUAGAUGACAAAGGUGAGAACAUCCUCCAUGUGGCCUGUCUGGAAGGACAUCUGGACUUAGUGAAGGACAUGGUCACAAAUCACAAGGUCGACAUCAACAGCAGAGGACGGUACGGGAGAACCCCGGUGAUGAAGGCAGCAGAGAAGGGGCACAAAGAAGUGUUGGAUCUGCUUAUAAGUAAUGGAGGUGAUGUGACCUUAAGGGAUGAUAACGACAACAACAUCCUCCAUGUUGCAUGUAUCGGCGGGGAUGUGGAGAUGGUGAAGUUUGUCCUCUCACAAGGCCUUGUUGAUAUCAACAGUAGAGGGCAAUACGGGAGGACACCAGCGAUGAUGGCUGCAGGUUGCCGACAUAAAGAGGUGAUUCGGGCCCUUAAGGAUACAGGUGCAGAUCUGUCACUGACGGAUGAUGACAAUAACAACAUCCUCCACGUGGCAUGCAUUGGGGGGCACCUGGAAGUUGUGAUAUUUGUCCUUUCCUUGAAUUCUGUGGACAUCAACACUAAAGGACAGCUUCAACGAGCACCAGUGAGAAUGGUUGACUUCAGGAAACAAAGGAAUAUAUUUGAUGUACUUGUGAGUAAAGGAGCAGAUCUAUCACAGGUAGAUGACAAAGGUGAGAACAUCCUCCACGUGGCCUGUCUGGAAGGACAUCUGGACUUGGUGAAGGACAUCGUCACAAAUCACAAGGUCGACAUCAACAGCAGAGGACGGUAUGGGAGAACCCCGGUGAUGAAGGCAGCAGAGAAGGGGCACAAAGAAGUGUUGGAUCUGCUUAUACGUAAUGAAAGUGAUGUGACCUUAAGGGAUGAUAACGACAACAACAUCCUCCAUGUUGCAUGUAUCAGCGGGGAUGUGGAGAUGGUGAAGAAUGUCGUGUCACUCAAGAUGAUGGACAUCAACAGCAGAGGGCAAUACGGGAGGACUCCCGUACUGAUGGCAGCAGGUGCUGGUCAUAGAGAGGUGGUGGAGUCACUUGAGGGAGAAGGAGCUGAUAUGACCCUCACAGAUGAUGAUAGUAACAAUAUACUUCAUGCGGCCUGUUAUGGCGGAUAUUUGAAGAUUGUCAAGUAUGUUCUCUCACUAAACAUUGUUGAUAUCUCAGCGGAAAAUAAGGAAGAACUAACCGCAAUGAUGAUAUCAAACGAAUUACAUGAUAAGUCUGUAUAUGCAUUGCUUGUGACACAAUCAACGUGAUCAAAUAUAAGGAUAUGCAAGAUUCUGACAAGAUGGCUGCUACGCAGUCCAUGUUCCUGUUAUUGUUUCAGUAGUGGACAAAACGGAACUAUGUAGCUCUACUUUCAAUGCAACGACAAGAAAACAUUAUCAUGUCAUUGUGUCAUGUGUAUGAAGCGACAAAACCCUUUUCAUAGCCAGCAGAAAUAUCUGCCGUCACAACGAAGGAAAGUCAACUCUUCACCUGAAAAAAAUACAAGGACAUGUGGUUAGGUAAAAAAGGGAAUAUCAUCGGACAUCAUUUUUUGUCAGUGAUGCGUCAAAUUUGGAAAUGACCUCCACGUGUCUACUAUUCAGUGUGUUAUGCAUGUUGCUAUAGUCUAUGUGUAAUAGGUGUGAAUUACCUCGUCAAUGCUACAAACAUAAGUGUUGAUGCUUCGAUUAUGCAUCUAACCAGUUGAGCGGAUUGACCGAGGGAGGCUCUGAGACGUGCUUCUUACCAAUCCUACAGAUGAGAAGUGAUGCACGCACUGCUAAAUACUCUGGACAAGGAGCAUGUUAUGAAUACACAAUGCCAUUGAGAAUGUGGUCAAACGAAACAAAUGCUAUAUUUGGGAUAACACUAUCUUAGUAAAGUAUAAAUUGUUAUACUUUAUGGGGUUGAGCACCAUACCAGAAUUCAAACCCACACUGCUAAAGUGCGGAACCUAAUCGUCAUCACAGAAAGUCAGCUAUCUCACCCACGCAGACACGGAGGCUUCCACAACAUGGGAACGUGGCAAUUUCCACUUAUCAGAGGGGUACACAAAGUACGUAAUCUAGACUACCAGUUGUCAGACUUUCAUUCAAUGGAAGCCUCGGUGGCUGAAUGGGUUAGAUCUCUGACUUUGUGCGCUGACAGUGUGGGUUAGAAUCCCUGUAUUGGGUUCAACCCAGGAAAGGUACUAGAACUUGUAAUUUACUAAGACAGUGUUAUCCCAAAUAUAACAUUUGUUACGAGGAGCAUGUUACCUUGAGUUACAUUUACCAGUUGUGAAACUUUGAAUAAAACAUUGUUAUUGCAAAUAUGAGAGUGAUAUCGUUCAGUUUAACAAAAUUUUCAUUGUAUAAAGUAUUUUUGAUUCACACCAUUUGUAGUUUAUUGUCACCUGUUAAUUGCUUUUGUUCUUGUAAUCAGAAGUAAGGAUUAAUGCUUGAUAUGAGUAAAUGUUCAUUUAAAACUGAAUUAAAUACCAAAUAUCCCUCACUGUAUUUCUGCUGUGUCUGUAGUUAGAAGGUCUUCUCUCCAUAUGUGUCAGCGUACAAUUCAUUCUUUUGUUUAUCCUCUCUGAAUCUGUUGUUUGAAGGUAGGAGGUCAGGAUUAAAAUAUACGCUUCAAAUGUUUUACUUGAUAAUGUGUGUCAUGUUCAAAUAAUGCUUAUGUUGGCUUGUAGAACGGUUGCAUUCUUCUGGUGUUUAUCUGCAUGUAAUACCAUAUGAAGGUAGAAAACAGCCCACUUGCUUUGAUUGUGAGAGUCCAGAAUAUAGUAAAGAAAAUUAUAUUUUUUACAUUGUCUACUCAGAUCUAAGUCAGAGUGUAAGCAGUAUUUGGAAUGUGAAAAGUAAUUUAACAAAGUUUGUUAUUAAACAGCUGGAAGAUUAUGAGCAUAUUAUCGAAGAUGACAAGGAUUGAAAAAUGUGUUGGCUUAGGAUUAAAUCUUUGUCACGUUGUAGUGGUAACCAGCUGUCUGUAGCCUUGAUGUUUGAUAGGACUAUUGUAAAACGGGGUGCUCAGCAGUCAACUACUGAUGACACUGUUUCUCACUUUAUGACAUACCAUCAUCAUGAAGAAUGUGACGAUUGUAAUAAUCCAGGCUUAGUAUCAGCCCACAUUAUUCAGUCUGAAGUUGUGAAAGCUGUCACUUCAUUGAGAGACUGUUAAUCCACGGGUUCAAAUAGUAUCCCUAGGAUUUAUUAAAAAUGAACUGUGUUAUUACCAUAUAUUGAAAUGUUACUUAAUUUUGUCCCUGCAUAAACAAGGAAAUAGAUUGGACCUUAAUAGUUAUCGAGGUUUGUCUCUCGUAAAUACUUUUGGAGAGGUAUUUACUUCCAUUUUGGAGGCUAACAAAAGAAUUUGGAUGGAAGUAAAUAUACAUAUUCAUGAAUUGCAGGCUGGAUUCAGGAAUGAUUGUUCUCCAGUAGACAACCUUUAAAGCUUACAGUCUCUUGGCUAAAAAGUAUUUAAGAUAAUUCAAACAACGUUUUUAUGUAGCCUUUGUUUCGUAAUGCUUUUGAUUUAGUAAGAUAUUUAAAGUUUAUAAUAAUAUGUAUUCUAAGCAAAAAGGGAUGGAAGAGUUGAGGUGUUUCACACGGCAUGUCAAGGAUGUGCCUGGAGUCCAGUUACAUUUCAUAUUUAAGCAAAGUGGAUUAGGAGGCAUAUUUUUUCUUGAGGACCUGGAGGAAACUAUGGUAUUUCUUAUUUGCAUAUGGUGUGGCUCUGGUGGAUGAUUCAGUGAUUGGUUUACAAAGGGAAUUAGAUAUAUGGAUGUUUUAUGUCAGCAAAGGGGUCUGGAGGUGAAUAUGAAUACAUCUAACAUCAUUGUUUUUAGGAACGGUGGUUUCGUGCGCAGUGUAGAAAUACGAUUUUGUUCAUGAGUUGAAAUGAAAACUAUGACCUAUAACAAACAUCAAUGUAUCUUUUUUCUCAUUCAGAUAAGUGUGGUCAAGAGCUUGUAGAGCGCUUUUUUUGCAAGACAGGAAGUCUAAUUUUUCAAUUCGUGGACUAUUCAGCUAUCAAAAUUUACGUUUUCAUGCUGUUCAAACAAUAUUUGAUGCUUAAGAUAUUACCAAUUUAGUGUAUGGCGCACACAUCUGGCGAUUCGCUUUAAGGAGUCCUUAGAAAAGGUGCACGCACGUCUCGUAGUGUCGUUCAGGCUCAGUCAUUAUUUUCUCGAUUACUAUAGUUGUUACAUGGGCUAUUGAUGUAGACUUCCACUCAUGGAAGAACAUAGAUACCCAGAGCCAUGUUAUGAGACGUUUAUAUGUUUUCAUGAUAGGCAAAAAUAGUCGGUGUCUCGCGUGUACGUUAAUUACUGUUCGAGGCAGGUUGUGCUGUGUGGUGUCAGGCAAUAAAUACUUCCGUCUCUAAUUUUCACAGCCUGUUUGCUCCUUACGCCAAAUGAAGUCUGUUUCGGUGGAUGUUCCCAUGCAUUGGCAAUAAAUAUAGUGUCAUGUAAGGUUAUAGAGUUUGAGAUUCGGCAUGAUAAGAUUUCUAGAUUUAAAUUUGUACACUGGUUAUAGGUCUGUCCUAUAAGUUGAAAACAAUAUGUUAAUGUAAGGACGUUUUCCCCUUUUUUUCGUAAAUGUCGUUAAUGUAUAUGAGGCCUGAAAUACAAAUAAACUUGUCACUUGUAAA